GGGGCGCUUGCACCCACUGAAAUUUCAAAUUUAGUAAGAAUAGAGUUGGUUUUUCCAUAAUAAUAGACUCUUGUGGGUGCAAAUAUAAAUGGCACACUUGAAGUUAUAUAUUUUCAAAGGGUCAAAGUUAAAACUAAUAACCAUUUUUUUUAUUACUCCACCGAGUAGCUUAGAUUGGUUUUUUAUCUUCACUGAGUCACCGACAGUAUCUCUUUGGAGACCACGAAAGAAAAAAGAGAACCUCUUCUCUGCAUCUCUUCGACUCUUUCGCAAGAUAUUAUUAGUUAGCUAAUGAUACCGAUCACAAAUCAGGUUUACGCAUCCAAUUCCGUGAUUUAUGAUGAAGAAAACUCAAUUGUCGAUGGAGAGGUUUUACAAAAGGAAGGCGACAGUUGAUUUAUCAUCGCCUUCAAAACGAGGUGGAUCAGGUAGUGGCAGUACAAAUGAACUUGGUGAACUUGCUUCUUCUUUACCUACUGAAGUGAAAAGAUUAAAAGAAAGUGAUGCGGUGAACUUGUUAACUGAUGUUGAAUUGGCAAACCUCCCUUCGGAUCCAGGGCUUCGAAAACCGAUUAUGGAUUAUCAUCCAAAUGUUAGAAACCAAGUUCGAAGGGCAUAUUUGCAGAAUGGGCCGUGCCAGCCUAAAAAUCAUAAAUUUCCUAAUUCAUGGAAAGGUAGAAAGUUCAAUCAUUCUUGGUUCAAAGCUCAUGAAUAUUGGCUAGAAUACAACAUAUCAAAAGAUAGAGUAUAUUGUUUAUGUUGUUACUUGUUUAAAUCAAGUGGUGCUAAUAACUUUGCUGAUGAAGGAUUUUGUACUUGGAGUAAGAAAUCAAGACUGCAGGUUCAUGUAGGAGAUAUAAAUAGUGCUCACAACGAAGCUCGGAAAGCCUGUGAAGACUUGUUAGAUGAAAAAGUACAUAUUGACACAGCACUUGUUAAGCAAACAGAUGAAACUAGAAGGCAAUAUGGAAUUCGUUUGAGGGCUUCAAUACAAAUUGUCCGAAUACUUCUAAGACAGGGUCUUGCAUUUCGUGGGAAUGACGAAGGUGAUGAUUCUGCAAAUCGGGGUAAUUUUCUUGAGAUUUUAGCAUGGCUUGGUAACAUCAAUGUAGAAGAUUUGCAGCCUUAUAUUAUGGAAAAUGCACCGAAAAAUCUGAAAUUGACCUCUCCUGAUGUUCAAAAAGAUAUUACAAGUGCUUUUUCAUUUGAAAUAAUUGCUGCAAUUAUUCGAGACGUUGGUGAUUCAUUCUUUUCAAUUCUGGUUGAUGAGUCUAAAGAUAUUUCGUCAAAGGAACAAAUGGCUAUCGUUUUACGGUAUGUGAAAGAAGGACGUGUUAUUGAGCGCUUUGUUGGGAUUGAACAUGUAGCUACUACCACUGCCCUCUCACUCAAGAAAACAAUCGCUAAUUUCUUUUCGAGGCAUAAUUUAAGUUUUUCCCAGUUGCGAGGACAAGGUUAUGAUGGGUCUAACAACAUGAAAGGUGAGUAUAAUGGUCUUAAGAAGCUUAUUUUGGAUGAAAAUGAGUCUGCAUAUUUUAUUCAUUGCUUUGCUCAUCAAUUACAGUUAGCUGUUGUAAAUGUAGCGAAAAAAGAUCCAGAAAUCAAGGAUUUGUUUUCAUUAGUUACUUGUGUGACUAAUGUUGUUGGAGGAUCACCUAAACGCCUUGAAAUACUUCGAAAAAUAAAAGGUGCUGAAAUUUCUGAAGCUCUUAGCAACAAUGAACUUGAAACUGGGCGAGGUUUAAACCAAGAGUCGAACCUCAAGCGUGCUGCGGAUACAAGGUGGGGUUCGCACCAAAAUACUUUAAUUAGCUUGAUUAAUUUGUAUUCAGCUGUGAUGGGUGUACUUAGAUCAGUUUCAAAAGAUAAAACUUCUGAUAAGAGAUUUGAAGCUAGAGGUAUUUUGGUUCAUAUGAAGUUAUAUAAUUUUGCUUUUCGUCUUCAUUUGAUGAAAAAUAUUAUGGGAGUUACAAAUGAUUUGUCAGAAUCUUUACAAAGAAAAGACCAGGAUAUUGUGAAUGCCAUGAAGUUAGUUCGGAUUUGUAAGACAAGACUACAAGAGAUGAGGGAUAAUGGUUGGAAUGAUUUACUUAGUGAAGUAUCUUCAUUUUGUGAGCAGCAUAAGAUUAAGGUUGUUUGUAUGAAUGAUUCUAGUUUAGGUAAAGGAAGAGCAAAGCGCAAUGUCCAAGAAAACAGCAACGAGCAUAAAUACCGUAUUGGGAUAUUUAAUGCUGUUAUAGAUUUGCAACUAAGAGAAUUGAAUGAUCGCUUUACUGAAACAACUACGGAGCUUCUUCUUUGUGUAGCUUGCUUAUGUCCGAGUGAUUCGUUUGCUGCUUUUGAUAAGGACAAGUUGAAGCGCCUUGCAGAAUUUUAUCCAAAGGAUUUUUAUGAAAUUGACAUUGUAUUACUCGAUGGUCAACUUCAAAACUACAUUAUGGAUGUGAGAACAAGCACUGAGUUUUCAAGUUUGAAUGGAAUUACUGAUCUUGCCCGAAAAAUGGUGGAAACAAAGAAAGACAAGGUCUAUUCAAAGGUUUAUUUACUGUUGACAUUGACGUUGAUCUUACCGGUUGCUACUGCCAGUGUAGAAAGACUCUUUUCUGCUAUGAAAAUACUGAAGACUCUAUUGCGUAAUAGAAUGGGUGAUGAGUGGUUGAACGACUGCUUACUUGUAUGUUGAAAAAGUAAUAAUAGAUAGCAUCGUCAAUGACAUUAUUAUGAACCGUUUUCAGAUCAUGAAGCCACGCAAAGGGAGGCUGUAAGUUGGUACUUGAGUAUACAAUGUGAAAUGGGGGAGAUGAUAUAACAUAGAUUAAUUAGCAUCAGGUAGGGUUUACAUGAAUGAUUUAUUUUCUCCAUCUUUUGGGCAGACUUAUGGUUAUGGGUCUUUUGAUUUUUGCAGUUGAUGUAGAGAUGAGUUCAUCUAUUUUGGCGAAAAUGGUAUCUCAAACUUGGAUUCAAAGGACAAAACUCGCAUAUGCAAAUCAUAGUCUAGUCAUGUAAUUUACUUUGUUGAGGAGAAAGCUGUGCUGAAAAUGCUUUUGGAACUAAAUUGCAGUGGAACUUGCGCACAAAGGCAAAAAUUUCGAACGACGUUUUUGAUUCAGUUUAAAAUUUUUUUUUUGUGAAUAUUAGAAAUUUUUUUUCGACCCCACAACCUUUAAGUCCUGGCUCCGUCCCUGACUAAUGUAUCCAAGGAGGUCAAUAUAA